AUGGCUUCAAAAAGAGCUCUGGUCAUCCUGGCCAAAGGAGCAGAGGAGAUGGAGACAGUCAUCCCCGUAGAUGUCAUGAGGCGAGCUGGAAUUAAAGUCACCAUUGCGGGUCUGGCUGGGAAAGACCCAGUACAGUGUAGCCGAGACGACGUCAUUUGUCCUGAUGCCCAUCUGGAAGAUGCAAAAAAAGAGGGACCUUAUGACGUAGUGGUUCUGCCGGGAGGCAAUCUGGGUGCGCAGAAUUUAUCUGAGUCUGCUGCUGUGAAGGAGAUACUGAAAGAACAAGAAAAAAGGAAGGGCCUCAUAGCUGCCAUCUGUGCAGGUCCUACGGCUCUUUUGGCUCAUGAAAUAGGUUUUGGAAGCAAAGUUACAACACAUCCACUUGCUAAAGACAAAAUGAUGAAUGGAAGUCAUUAUAGCUACUCCGAGAACCGUGUGGAGAGGGACGGCUUGAUCCUCACGAGCCGCGGGCCUGGAACCAGCUUUGAGUUCGCUCUUGCGAUCGUCGAGGCACUGAACGGCAAGGACGUGGCUGACCAAGUGAAGGCCCCGCUCGUUCUUAAAGAUUAG